AUGGACGGGAGCGACUCGGAUACGUCGAUGACGGCGCCGUCGGGGGCGACGGCGGUGGCGGUGGACGACGGCGUGGGACGGCGUCCGCGGCGAGCCGCGGCGCGGGCGGUGCGGUCGAUGCGGGAGGCGGAGUCGGAUUCGGAAUUGGAUUCGGACGACGCGUCGACGACGAGCGCGGGACGGAUGGACGAGGACGCGUCGAUGGAGGAUGCGGCGUAUCGAGACGUCGUCGAACGAAUCGUGUACUGUCGACAGAAAAGUGAUGCGGACGCGGAGCUGGAGUACUGCGUGAAGUGGGAAGGGGUGAGUUAUCGUCGAUGCUCGUGGGAGACGGCGGAGACGCUCGCGCGCGAGGCGCCGCACAAGUUGAAGACGUUCACGCGGAAGCACGCGAUCGAGGCGCAGGAUGAGCGGUACCCAAAGGCGUAUGAUAUCAUCGAUCGCGUGAUCGCUCACCGAGAGGGCGAGGAUGAUGGAUCGGUGGAGUACUUGGUGAAGUGGUGCGGCUUGGGGUACGCGGCGUCCACGUGGGAGACGAGCGAAAGCGUGAGCGAGCUCGACGAAGACAAGGGCAAGGUGGAGCGAUACUGGAGAUUCACCAAUCCUGAGUUUUUUGAGCGCACGGAAAUGCCGCGAGGAAAACCCAUGCCUCCGGAGUUCAAGAAUGGGAUGUCUCUUCGCGAGUACCAGGUGACGAGUUUUGAGUGGAUGGUGAGCAACUAUUACCGCGGAAGGAACGUCAUCUUGGGCGACGAGAUGGGCCUAGGGAAGACGGCGCAGUGCAUCUCGGUGAUGGAGUACGUACGUAAGAAUCUCAUGCGUCGUCGUCAGCCCAUGUGCGUCGUCGCACCGCUCACGACGCUCGGACACUGGAAGCGAGAAGUUGAAAAGUGGACCGACAUGAACGUAAUCGUCUUCGACGGAUCUGCCGCCGAUCGCGAAGUGUGCAUCGAGCACGAGUUCUUCGUCCAGGGGUCGCGCAAACCGAAAUUUGAUGUCAUGCUCGUGAGUUUCGAUAACGUUCGCAGGAACAUCGAGCUUUUGGAGCGUUUUUCCUUUGCCAUGUGCGUCGUCGAUGAAGCACACAAAAUGAAGGACGUCAACUCUCAGACGACCAUCGCGGUGACAUCGCUCCGGUAUGACUGGCUCCUACUCUUGACGGGAACUCCGAUCCAGAAUAACAUCAAAGAGCUGUACGGGAUGCUCCACAUUCUUGAUCCUCGACAAUUUCAUUCAUGGGAAGAUUUCCGCGACGAAUUUUGCGACGAAUCGGGAGAGGUCGACGCGACGCAAGUGAUGCGAUUGAGAGAUUUACUCAAGCCUCGCAUGUUGCGUCGCAUGAAGGAAGACGUUGAAAAAAUUCCUGCGAAGGAAGAGGUCGUCGUGUGGGUCGAACUUACUCCGCAGCAGCGUGGAUAUUAUCGCGCGCUGUAUGAAAACCAAAUUCACGUCCUCUUGGAAGGAUCCAAGGUGAAAAGUGUGCCACAGCUACGAAAUCUAUCCAUGGAGCUUCGUAAGGUGUGCAAUCAUCCGUUUCUUUGUGCGGGCCUCGAGGAGGAUUACACGAAGAAACGUCUCGCCGCGUGCGAGGAGAACGGUAUCGCGCCUCCUUCAGCGCUACAGCUCCUCGUCGAAGGGAGCGGAAAGAUGAGCCUGCUCGCAAAGCUCCUCGCAAAGCUGAAGCGCGACGGGCAUAAGGUUCUAAUCUUUUCGCAGUUCACCAUGGUUCUCGAUCUCGUGCAAGACUUCAUGAGCGCGUCCGGGUACGAGUGCGAGCGCUUGGAUGGUACCACCUCGGCAGAAGACCGUCAAGCUGGGAUUGAUCGAUUCAACACGCCGGGCGCGGGAUUCGCGUACUUGCUCUCUACUCGAGCGGGCGGCAUGGGGAUUACUCUCACGUCCGCGGAUACUGCGAUUAUCUUCGAUUCCGAUUGGAACCCUCAGAACGAUCUCCAAGCGAUGGCGCGCUGCCAUCGAAUUGGCCAAACCAAAGAGGUCAAGGUGUACAGAUUCGUCACCAAAGACACAUACGAGCAGUCAUUGUUCGAGACUGCGUCGCGCAAGUACGGUUUGGACGAGGCGAUUCUCGGCGGUGGCGAUGAGAAUGGAGAAGAAGAGGGUCAUCGGUCGAAGAAAACUGCAAAGGAGCAGGCGCAACGCAUUAACGAGUUGCUCAAGUACGGCGUGCACGGCGCGCUCAAGGAUGCGUCAGGAGAAGAAGCGAACGCGUUCGCUGCGGAAGAUAUCGAUGAAAUCUUGUCCCGUCGCGCCGAGCAUCGCGACGUGGGACCUCGAGUUGGUAAUUCAUUUUCUGUCGCGACAUUUGGCGCCGAACCCGGCGAUGGCGUCGAUGACGAGACGUUCUGGGCCGAAGCUUUCGGAGACGCCGCGAUUCAGGCGGCCAAGGAGAAGGCGGCGGAACAAGUCGUCGACAAACGUUUCGCGGUUGAAGGUCCGCGCAAGCGUAAAACGGUGAACUACAAGGAAAGUGUCGCUUUGUUCCAAAACCAAACACCGUCUCUGGCGCCUCGCACGGGGACGCGUACGACGUACAGUGAGCGAAGAGCCGCUGCAAAACGCGCUCGCGAGGAGGACAAAAAACUCAGACAGGAAGAACGUGAAGCUCGACGACGCGAGCGAGAGGAAGAACUCGCACGUCAACGUGAAGAUGCUAAACUCAAUUGGUUCACGUGGGAGGUCGAGGUCGUCGUCGACGCACUCUCUGCGUUCGGCGCUCCGAACGGAGACGUCUCUCGAGCCGUCACGUGCGGCACUCUUGACGUGGACAAGCCAGACGAGCAAAAGAUAGCCGUCGCGAAAACUGUCAUGGAAAUGUUCGACACGAUCGUGCGUGUCCGCGAUGAGGUAUCCUCGUCCUCAGCGGCGAACGCUGAGUCCAAGCAAGAACAAAACGACGAUGACAAGGAGGACGACGGCAAGGAGGACGACGACAAGGAAGACGAUCGUGAAGACACGGAGGAGACCAAGCAGGCCGUGUUCGCAGCUAUGGAGACGAUUCUUGUCCCGGAGAGAGCCGCCACGGCUCUUGCGAAUCGAGUCCUCUGGACCAAGCUCUUGCGAGCGAUGCCCAGACGCGCCAAGCUCAUGAAACAACGUGCCGCGCUCGCCAAGCUGAUUGAGGCUGAAGAACCCAUCGACCUCGACAGCCCCACCGCGCCUCCACCACGUCAAAAGACGACCCUUCCAAAAGAAAGGGCGCAGUUUCCGGUACCCGUUCUCGGUGUCAAGGCGUCGUUGCCUGCGGAGUGGUGGACGACCGAAGACGACACCGAUCUCCUUCGCGGUUCUUUGCGCUACGGCUACACGCCGAGUAACUCUAAAGAAUUAGAGCGACAGUUCGACCUCAUCAGAAACGAUCGACAGCUUCGUUUCGCGUCUCGAACGGGGGUGUACGAUGACGGAGAGUACAGAGAGACGGUCGCAUGGCCAGCGGCGACCCGACUCAAGACGCGACUCAUGCGUUUGCUUCAAGCACUUCUCAGACCGCCAAAAAGGCCGUCCAAGGCGGAGCUACUUGCGGCUCAACGAAAGGCAGCCGCCGAGGCUAAGCUAAAGCGAGACAUGGAGGUCUUGCGAAUGUGGCAAGAGAAGCGCAAAGCCACGACACCGACAUCUGGGAACCAGCCGUCGCCGAAACGUGCGCCGCUAGGAGACUCCAACUCGAACAAGCCACAGCACCAAGCUUCGCUGUACGCCUUUUUCAACAAGUAA